GGCGGCCGUCGCGCCGGCACCCUCAUCACUCUAUCCCUCCUACUACUCACCAAAGGUCGCGUGGCAUCAGCCCCGGCAGGUUCCUGGUUGCUGUCAACAUUACUGAUAGACUACUGGCAGGAUAUCUCAACUUCUCAAGUUUCUCUGGCAACAACCACUUGAAUUGUGGGCCGAAAUUCCACCAUCCUUGUGCCUCACAUGCGUCUUACCAGGGAAGGCGCGGUUGUGGCUCUGCCUUGCGGCGCCGCCGGGGGCGUCGCGUGCAGGAAUUGCAUCAUUCUCCGACGGGCUUUGCCGACCGAACGAUGUCAUCCGCGACGGGCGGACGCUGCGCUGGUAGCUGCCGCCGUCUCUUCCUGUCUCCGCCUACGAAGUUUUUAUGUGCAAAAUGAACGACCGCAGCGGCGAAACGGAAGCAAGACACGAGCAGCUGCAGGCCAUGGAUCGCCGCCGGCGACAAAUUAAACCGCGCUGGAAGCAGAACGCCAUCGAUGCGUCCUCUGGGCAGUGGGCACGCGGCGCGUGGUCGGCAGCAGUAGUCGGCCCCGGAGACCAGGACCGCUGAUCGCCUGCGCCUGCGCCUGUGCCAGUGGCAUCUCUCCACAAGCGCAUCACCUUCGUGUCGGCGGCGUCAGCUGGCGCUCUUCGGCGGCCAAGUGAGCAGCCCUCCUCUCCUGCUCCUGAGCCGGCGGACCACCACGGCCUUCGCCCCUCCCGGCGCCCGCGCCUAACGAGGGAAAAAAGGGCCUCUUGCAAUCAUCUGAUCCGGGCCGCAGCACUUGGAUCGGACGGAUCUCGGGUAACCAAGGGGUGGACGGUAUUCAAAUACGGUCCACCCCUGAGAUGCCCAGAAACGCCUCCCCCGCCUCAUGUCGCGCCUCGUCUGAGCGCCGCCGCUCCCCGGCGGUCCGUUUAGAUUUGGAAGGUUGUGCCAAUACCAGCCUCCCUUGGCCAGCUUUCAAAGCUUCAGCUUCUGAUGCUGAGUGAAAACAAUCUCAAUGGAUCUAUUCCUGAAACUCUAACAAAUAUCUCAAGCUUGACAAACAUCCGGCUAGCUUACAAUAAACUCACUGGUGAAAUACCUCCUCAGUUUGGUAACCUCUCUCGCUUGACAAGUUUAGAUUUGGAAGACAACCUAUUGGUUGGGCCAAUACCAGCAGCAGCAGCAGCGGUCAAUCCCGGCGCCUCGAAUCAACCGGCGCGGUCGUCCACCUACGCCUUCACGCGCGCGGCAGCGGCGGCGGAGAGGAAGGUGAUGGGGAGGCGGGAGGCAGCGUGAGCCUGCGAACCUCGGGGGCGCGGCGGCGAGCGAGACCUGCCUGAGACUGACGGAGGCAAAGUUUUCCAAGGAAAGCUAAAGUAAUAAGAGAAGAAAGAUGGAGCUGCUCAGUAUCAUUCUAAUUGUAGCAUCUCUCCUCCCAUUCUCAGCAUCUGAUCGUCAAGGUGAUGCCUUGUAUGAUAUGAAGCUGAAACUAAAUGCUAGAGGCAGUCAGCUUUCCGACUGGAACCAAAAUCAAGUUAACCCCUGCACCUGGAGUUUUGUUAUUUGUGACAAUAAUAACAAUGUUGUGCAAGUAACAUUGACUUCUAUGGGAUUUACUGGAGUUCUGUCACCAAGAAUCGGAGAGCUGGAGUAUUUGAAUGUUCUGUCCUUGCCUGGUAACAACAUCACUGGUGGCAUACCAGAGAAGUUUGGUAACCUCUCUCGCUUGACAAGUUUAGAUUUGGAAGACAACCUAUUGGUUGGGCCAAUACCAGCCUCCCUUGGCCAGCUUUCAAAGCUUCAGCUUCUGAUGCUGAGUCAAAACAAUCUCAAUGGAUCUAUUCCUGAAACGCUAACAAAUAUCUCAAGCUUGACAAACAUCCGGCUAGCUUACAAUAAACUCACUGGUGAAAUACCUCCUCAGUUUGGUAACCUCUCUCGCUUGACAAGUUUAGAUUUGGAAGACAACCUAUUGGUUGGGCCAAUACCAGCCUCCCUUGGCCAGCUUUCAAAGCUUCAGCGUCUCAGUGGUAGAAGAAAGACGCAGCUGCUCCUGCUCCGCGUCGUCCUAGCUUUAGCGUCUCUGCUCCCGGUUUCAGCAACUAGUCGUGAAGGUGAUGUGUUUUUAGAUAUGAAGCUGAAGCUGAAUGCUACUGGGAAUCAGCUCUCCGACUGGAACCGGGUUCAGAUCAACCCCUGCACUUGGUACUCUGUUGUGUGUGACAACAACAACAAUGUUGUUCAAGUAACAUUGCCUUCCAUGGGAUUUACUGGAGUCUUGUCACCGAGAAUCGGAGAGCUCAAGUAUUUGAAUGAUCUGACUGAGUGAAAACCAUCUCAGUGGAUCUAUUCCGGAUACCCUGGCAAGCAUCCCAAGCCUGAGAGACAUCCGGCUGGCUUACAAUAACCUGUCUGGUCAAAUACCUGAUCGGCUGUUUCAUGUUGCACAUUACUACUUCUCCGGUAACGACAACUUGCGCCUUACCAAGGUAACGGGCCAUAUUUUUUUUUUCAAUUUUCAGUUCUGCUGUAACCUUGUCAAAUAGAAGACCGUAGGCAGUAGGUCUGUACUCUGUGCUACUCGCAUGACCGAACUGAAACAUGGUGCUGGGACGGCAGAACAAAAGCAUGGCCGUGGACCGCGGACCACCCCUGAAGCUGGAAACGAUGGCACCAGUGGGUCGCUGAAGCUUGCAAAAAUGUCCAUGAGCGCAUCACUGUGCCUGUGCGCGCCUUUUUGGUUCCUUUUAGCAAACUUGUAAAUCAGUGCUGAUGUGCUUGCUAUUCGGUUUGUCCAGUUGACAAUGCACGCAACAGUCCAAAACUUCACGUUGAGGCAUAAAUAAAGGGCAUUUUGGCACGAGAAUCA